GAGUUCCUGCUGUUGGAUCCUCGGUCAGUCCACUCCGAGAGCUCGCUAGGAAGAGAUCUCACUUGGAAUCUAAAUCCAAAACAGUUACCAACACAAAUAUCUAGCUAACUCUCAUUACCGAUUAUUAUCCCUCGACUCUUUGUCAUCAACAAACUCUAAUCACCAGUUAAUGACCAUUUGUCAAUUUGUGGAUGAUAAGGCUAAUUAAGUGACAGUUAUCACUUCGAAUGAUUAAGUGUUGUGAAAUUUGAAGACUCGUUGGAAAGUGACUUGUUCAGGGUUUUGGAACGAGAUUAGUGUCAACGUUCUACGAUGACAGUGUUAAGGAUGACAAGCUCUCCUGUGACACCUCCGUCAACGAGCCCAGCAUCACCAGAACAGGCACAAGCACCUGUUCCCACUUCUCGGCCAAAUCAACAGAGAUUGAGCUUCUCAGUGGCUGCUCUCCUAGCUGACACCAAGAAGCCCAAGGUAGAAGUGUCAAAUGCAUCAACAGUCUACCCAUCACCAACCUCAUCACCAGUCACCAGUGCUUAUUCACCGGUUGGCAAUCGUCAGUACCGGAAUCAGAGUCCGGAUACAUCCGAGAAUGUCAGUUACACAUUAUCACAGUCGCCCACUAGAGUCUGUGAAACAAGAACCGCGAGUUCACCGCAAAAAUUCACAGAGACCAGUCAUUCCAUAUCGAAUAUGCUCACAUCAUCACCAAAUCCAUCAAUCAAUAUUCAGGACUAUGUCUCGCACUCGCCGAGAAGUUCGCACGAUGGUGCAAGAUCAAGGUGUUCUGAAUUAGAUAUGGAGGAUGAUGAGGAGGGAAGUCUGGUUGAUGUUGAGGAUUUGGAACAGCAGGGGACAACCAGUAGUCCGAAUCCAGUGAGACCGAUGCCAGCGUAUGUCGGUGGAUUCUCGACAUUGGGCUCGUUAUCUGGACUCCCUGGGGGCUUUCAUCCAGCAUCAGUCUGGGGUGGAAGUGUCCAACACAGAUCAGCAGUGGCUAUUGCUGCUGCUGCAGCAGCUGCCAGCUAUUUCCCAUCACAUUUUGCUCAUCAUGCACCACUUAACGAGAAUGGUGAGCCAGCCAAAAUCAAGUGCAAUCUCCGGAAGCACAAGCCCAAUCGAAAACCAAGAACGCCAUUUACAACGCAACAGCUUGUGGCUUUGGAGAAGAAAUUCAGGGAGAGGCAGUAUCUCAGUGUUGCUGAGCGAGCUGAAUUCUCAUCAUCGUUACACCUCACUGAGACUCAGGUUAAGAUAUGGUUUCAAAAUCGUCGAGCCAAGGCGAAGCGACUGCAAGAGGCAGAAAUUGAGAAAUUGAGAAUGUCAGCAGUUAGACAGCAUCACAAUUCACUUUAUGGGGCUCAUCAUGGUCUUCUCGGGCCAGCAGCACUCUAUCCCGUCGGUAUGCUGUCUCAUCCUGCUGGCAUGGCUCCACAUCACUCAGUACCCUCUCAUCAAGGGAGAGAAUGAAAAUGUCCUUUGAUUAGUUGACUCGAUCUCCUUCGGGAAAGAGGCGUCAUCUGCUCAAAACAUUAGCAAAAACAUGGUGAAUUUAUGACUCGUCAUUUAUUCUUCAUUUCCUUUCAUUCCAAUCGAGAUUGAAAUUGGAUCCGGUGUAUGGUGAUGAGACCUGGUUAAUCGAUCAUCUCAAAGAGUCAUUAUUUUUGUAAAUACUUCCAUGUAAAUAAUACAGCGGUUGUACAUAGGUGAGGCACCUGGACAUUGCCAAAAUGAGUUUGAAAAAUAUUGGCCGAGGAACAUUGCCCACAUUAUUUCCUAAUUGUUCCUUUAAUAUUCAUUAUUUUGUAUAAAUGUACAAGUCGUUAGCACGUAAAAUAGAGAAAUAACCUAUUUAAAUAAAGCCCUAAGUGUCUAAAGAUAAA